AGAUCCUGGCAUUCCUCUGCCUACCUUUCCUAAGGGGCUUGACCCAACAGCACUCCCAGAGCAUGGUUAGCAGAUGCUGACAAUACCAGGCUCCACACAAAAUGCUGUAGUAGCUAUUUUCACCAGCUGGAGGAAGAGGUGCUUCUGUCCACCUCCUAGGCAGACCCUCCUGGGCACUGCUGGGGGUGGGGAUUGGGGCUCAGGGAUUGCAGCUCUGUGGGGAAGGCUCCCUUUAUGGCACAUAGGGAGCCUGAAAGAAUUGCCAAGAAGCGUUAUGACAUGCAGUGAGGAGUUAAUCAGACCAGCAGCUGGUCUGGGUUGGCCUGGCCAUGAAUUGGGGCCAGAAGAACACAGCGGGUGAUGGUGUGCGAAUGUGGAGAGAGAGGCACGGGCAGGGACAUGGGAGAGGAAGCCUGGAGCAAGGGUGGGAAUAUGGUGAACAGGAAAUGAUUGGGCAUGUGGGGCCAGGGCUGACCACUUAGGGGGAGUGACAGCAGUUGGGAAGGAGCUGACUCCAGGAGUCUUCUCUCCUCCUGGAUCAAUUCUAUAGAAAAUAACAGCAUGUAAAAGCUCUUGCUUCCCUCCCGACAUACCAGAACUCCCUAGCAGGAGGGUUAAGGGCUGCCUUGUGACAGUGUUCACAGAUUUUUACUCCACAGAUGGAAAAAUUCAUGCAGAUUUAGCAUGGUGGCCCACCAACCAGCAAGCCUUCCUGCAGCGAAGCAAAGCCAACAGCAAAUGGAAAGGGACAGGUACUAAUCUCGUUGCCUGGCUGCUGGAGCAGAGCAGCAUUUCUUCUCGAGACUGCCACCAAGGAGCCCUCUGCUCUGGAGCCUCAAGUGAUGGACGGUUUGUCAGAGCCACCAGCGGAGAAGCCCUUGGCAAAGGAGUGUUUAGAAGAGCCUGUGGAGCAAGGGCUGGUUGGCAGGACUCACUCCUAUGUGUUGUACAUUGGAAAUUUGAAUCCCAAAUACUCCCAGGAGGUCCUCCGCAGCAUGCUGAAGGACAUCCUGGGCACAGCCACCAUCACCUUGCAAAGGCAUGACAUUGAGGUGGUGAAGAAACCACGACAGGCCUACGCAUUUGUUCAAGUAACAACUGAGAUGGACCUCGAGUGCAUCCUGAAGCAGCUCCUGGUCACCUCAGAGAUGGAGCAGGAGCUGGUGAAGGAGCUUGUGAUGAAAGGGAAAACGCUGGUGGUGGGGGAUGGCAGGAAAGGAUCACCUAGUGCAAAGGAGUGCAGGGAGAAUGACUCAGAAGUGAACAGCGCCAGCCCCUUGCAGUGUGCUGAAUCUGACAGGCGCAGGAUACAAAGGGCAGAGGAAGACCAGGCCAGCCACAGCCAAGAGAUAUCCCUUCACACCCGGAAGCAGGCAGAGCGGCCAUCAGCAUUUCUGAGUGGCACCAGGUCCGACAGCGCCAUUGUCCGGAGGGAGAUCGUGGGCCAGGAGCGCUUGUUCUAUGGGGCAUUCAUGGGCAGUGAAAGCAGGAAUGUGGAAUUCAAGCGGGGCAGCGGGGAGUACCUGAGUGGGACCCUCAAGUACCACGUCCGGAAGUAUGCGUGUGCCUUUCUCAACAGCGAAGGAGGCAGCCUGUUUGUUGGGGUGGAGGACAGUGGCUUUGUGCAUGGGGUCAGGUGUGGGCAUAAGGAGGAGGAUCGCGUCCGUUUGCUCAUCGAUUCCAUUCUGAAAGGGUUCAAGCCACAGGUGUUCCCCGAUGCCUACGCUUUGACCUUCAUCCCAGUGAUCAAAGCCGAAGACACGGGGAUCUUCCUGAAGGUGGUCCGGCUCAGCAUCCACCCACCCCGACCACAGGGAGAAGUGCUGCUGUAUGAAACGGACCAGGGAGAGGUGUACCUGCGCAGGGAUGGCAGCAUCCAGGGGCCGCUCUCUGGAAGCGCCAUUCAGGAGUGGUGUAGGCAGAAAUGGACAGCAGAAGUCAGGAAGCUGGAGGAGAGGAUACGGACACUGGUGAAGGAAAAUGAGAAGCUACAGCAUCAAGUCAACCAGGAGCAGAGUGCAAAUCCCAACUCUAGAUUCUGCACCAUGGUGUGAUUCAGCAGAGGCACAAUGCUGCCAGAGCCAAGUGGGCUCAGGAAGGGAGAAGCAGGUAGGAGAAGGGGGAGGGGAAACACUUUGUGUAUAGAUUUUGAAAAUUCAUUUCACUAAAGAGCGUUAUCUCAGUAACUCAAGAGAUAACUUCACUUGGCCACAUAUUAGUUGCACACUGUCCUACAAUUGAUGGUUUGUGGUAGAACAUUUGUUAUCCAAGUUUGACUGAACCUCUAACGAGGCAGGAUGGCAUUACACCCUUGGGAAGCCACUGAUAAUUCUGAACAUUGUGUUACAUCUCCAAGCGGUUAGCAAGAGAAUGUACUUACCUCGAGGAAGUAUAGUUCCUCAAGCUGGCCUAGUCAGUUCACUUUAUUAUAGCUAAACAGCCACCACGUGAGCAUGUGCUUUUCAUGCUUUGGCCAGGGGAGGGAUGUCAGCAACAUUACAAUGGAGCACCACUGUUCAAUGUGGCACCCAAUUUUCAGCUGGGUCUGUGUUUUAAGUCAUCAAACAUGUGCAAGUUGUUCCCUGCCUUACAAUUUCAGCUGCUUCAAAAGCAGGGGAGAACAUUUCUUGGGCCCUGGUGGAGUAGAGCGAGCCUUACUAGCCGGUGGGAGAGGUACCCUAGUAGUAGUGCAAUGCAAGGCAGUAUCUGUCCUGAUGCAUGGCUAUUUUACUGCAAAAUCUAAGGCUUCCUUGCAUUCCUUACCAUUUGGUGCAGUUCCCUGACCUCAGCAAUCAUUUAGAUUUGUCCUUGGAUGGGUGACUGGGGUUUACCGUGGGAUGACCCUAGCUAUGCACUAAACUGCGUUUGUGUUUGAUACUUGAGUAGAUGGCUCAGAUGCUAGGUUUCUUUGGCUUGGAGCUGGUGCUCAG